UCGAGUCCAUUCGCUGCAGCUGUGUUUUUGGGCUGGAUCCGUUACUAGGUGGGGUUUAUCCUGGCUAUAAGAACACUGUUCUGAGCUCUGCGCUACUUCUGGGACCUCAGUGAGACUAACUUUGUUCGUGUCAGGCCGUGCGAGUCCAGCAGUUCCGUGAUGUCUCUCAUUGACAGUCUCCUGCAGCAGACAAUCUAUCUGGGCAUGCCCGACGAAUCGGUUGUAAAGAAUGAGGGAACGGUGAAGGCAGCGCCUUAUUUCAACGCUAAUGGGGAUGCAGGAGUCUUGGAUAAGGCAAUCAAGGCUAAAGGUGUGGAUGAGAACACUAUUAUUGAAAUUCUGGCGAAGAGGAGCAACGAACAGAGACAGAAAAUCAAAGAGGUCUACCAGCAGUCAUGCGGCAAGGCUCUGGAAGCUGACCUGAAGAAGGCUCUGAAGGGUGACUUGGAGGAAGUGGUGCUGGCUCUGCUGAAAACACCAGCCCAGUAUGAUGCCCAGCAAGUCAAACUGGCUAUGAAGGGUUUUGGGACAGAUGAGGCAACCCUGAUAGAGAUUCUGGCUUCCAGAACCAACACACAGAUUCUGGCUCUAAAGAAGGCCUACAAGGAAGAAUACAAGAAGGACCUGGAGGCUGACAUUGCAUCAGACACAAGUGGAGACUUCAAGACUGCUCUGCUUGCACUCUGCAAGGCCGAGAGAACUGAAGGAGUGUGUGAAGAGCUGAUUGACAGUGAUGCCAGGGCCAUCUAUGAGGCAGGCGAAGGAAGGAAGGGCACUAACUGCUCAGUCUUCAUUGACAUCCUCACCACCAGGAGUGCGCCUCAUCUCCGUAAAGUAUUUGAAAGGUACUCAAAGUACAGCAAACAGGAUGUGGCCAAAGCGAUUGACCUCGAAAUGAAGGGAGACAUUGAAAGCUGUCUCACAGCAGUUGUAAAGUGUGCUGGAAACAAGCCUGCCUUCUUUGCUGAGAAACUCCACUGCGCCAUGGAGGGAAGAGGAACCCGUAAACCAAUCCUGACCAGAAUCAUGGUGAGCCGCUCAGAGGUGGACAUGAAACACAUCAAGCAGGAAUACAAAAAGAAGUAUAGCAAAACACUUCACCAGGAAAUUCUGGAUGACACUACAGGUGACUAUGAGAAGAUUCUGCUCGCCCUCUGCGGGGAUAACGACUAACAAGAAACACUAAAGAUCCUUAAUGUCCAGCUGUGGAAGAGUUCCUGGACUUUAACGUGCAAAUGUUAUAUAAAAUGGUCAAAAACAGUCUUUACUGCUUAAACGCUCUUUCCCCUUCACAUAACACAUUUAACUGUCCAUCUGAGAUGUCUAGGUGAACUUCUGCUCUGGAAAAGGCUUGACUUUGUCUUAGUUUCUUAGCCUAGACUCCCACCUGUCAAAACAUUUACACUGACGGCAGUAUUGCUGAAAGAGCUUGAAUCUCUGCAAAUAAAAGCUUUUUGUAUGAAGG